ACAAAUGUCUCUCCUUUAGCCUCUCUUUCUCUCUCUGUCAUCUUUCUUUGAUUCUAUCAAAAAAUUUCUUUUUCCUAGAUAGUGAAGGAAAAGGAAUUAGAAUGGUAGGACAGUCAAGAAAAUGGAUGAUACUUGUAGCCACAAUAUGGAUACAAGCAUUUACAGGGACAAACUUCGAUUUCUCAUCAUACUCAUCAACCCUGAAAAAUGUUCUUGGGAUUUCACAACUUCAAUUGAACUAUCUCUCUGUUGCUUCUGAUAUGGGGAAGGCAUUUGGGUGGUGUUCAGGUGUGUCUCUCAUGUACUUCCCUCUAUGGUCUGUUAUGUUCAUGGCCGCCUUCAUGGGUCUCUUUGGUUAUGGCCUUCAAUGGCUUGUCAUUCAGAAUCUCAUUUCAUUGCCUUAUAUCCUGGUAUUUCUUCUGUGCUUGAUGGCUGGCUGCAGCAUCUGCUGGUUCAACACAGUAUGCUACGUUUUAUGCAUCAGAAACUUCCCCGCAAACCGAGCACUUUCAUUGUCUCUUACAAUUAGCUUCAAUGGUGUUAGUGCAGCACUAUAUACUCUUAUCUCAAAUGCGAUAAACCCUAGUAGUAACACCCUCUAUCUCUUCCUAAAUGCACUUAUACCUCUCUUGACAUCCGGCGUGGCGCUAGUCCCAAUCCUUCGUCAACCGCCAUCAGAGCAACUCCCAGCUGAUGUCAUUGGCCGCGACUCAUUCACCUUUCUUGUUCUAUACAUUUUAGCUGUUAUUACUGGCCUAUACCUUCUCCUGCUAAAUUCACUGUCUUCUGAUGCAUCAAGUGCACGUAUACUCCUUUCCGGGGCUAUCAUUCUAUUAGCACUCCCAUUGGGCUUGCCCGGAAUUGUAUAUGCAAGGGAAUGGGGUCGUCGCUGCAUCGAGUCAGUAUUCCCUUUUGAUAACUUGACCUUUAGUUUGGUUGAACAUGAUGAGCUUGAACUUUUCAAAGAACUCGUUGGAGAUGGGAAUGGCACCAGCUCAAAUGGCAACUCCUAUGGAGUGAUAGGCAAUGAAGGAUGUUUCAAGAAGAUGUUUCAGAAAGAGAGGUUAACAAUGCUUGGUCAAGAGCACUCUGCUAAAAUGCUGGUGCAGAGGUGGGAUUUUUGGCUAUAUUACAUUGCCUACUUGUGUGGAGGGACAAUAGGGAUAUCCUAUAGUAACAAUCUAGGGCAAAUUGCACAAUCACUUGGACAUUAUUCAAAGCUUGAUUCCUUCGUCACGCUCUACUCAUCAUGCUCGUUUUUUGGUCGGUUGCUUUCGGCUGCCCCAGACUUCCUGCGUAACAAGGUGUACUUUGCAAGGACCGGGUGGCUUGCAGUUGCGCUUGUGCCAACACCGAUAGCCUUCUUUUUGCUUGCUGCAACAGGAAGCGAGACAGCACUGCGUGCCAGCACAGCUCUGAUCGGACUAAGCUCCGGGUAUGUGUUUUCAGCAGCCGUCUCAAUCACAUCGGAGUUAUUUGGUCCGAACAGCACAAGUGUGAACCACAACAUCCUAAUCACCAACAUCCCGAUUGGAUCGCUCCUCUAUGGCCUUCUUGCAGCCAUAGAGUAUGAUUCACAUGCAGAAAGUAGCAGCCUGCAGCAGAACUCGCUAGAGGAAGCAAUGAUAUGCAUGGGCAGGAAAUGCUAUUUACAGACAUUUAUAUGGUGGGGAUGCAUUUCCCUGUUAGGCCUAGUUUCAAGUUUCAUGCUUUUCUCAAGAACAAAGCCAGCAUAUUACCGCUUUGAAAGAAACAGAAACAGGAUCUAAUUUCUUUUUGUUACAGAGAAUGUUCCUCAUUUUAAUGGGAACUAGUUGUACCUCAAAACUCUCAGUUGUAAUAGGACUGCAGCAUAUUUGGAGAAACAGUUGAAAGCAAUGUAGGCAUAAAGACAGAAAGGA